AUGUCCAUUGAUAUCGGCAAAUGCCCUCAAAGAUCCGAAAGAGGGCUCUCCCCUGAGCUCUUUGUUUUGAAGAUCCCGAGCUCCGACAUUCCCGAUAGCAUUGUCGAUGGCGACGAGCGUUGGCGAGUACCCAUCUCCAGAGAGAAUCCUCCUUUCCGGUGGUGGGUGCUGAUGCUGGACGACGUCCCGGGAGGAGGCACCAGUCAUAUAUCCAGGAAUCUCAAGCAUCAGAAUCUACACACGCACACACAAUACCUACAGCCCCUCGAUCUUUCCGCCCUACGGCUAUUGCGCCAGCAGCAGCAGCAGCAGCAGCAGCAGUCACACAACUCCCCCCAUAAAGCAUAG